GCGGCUGGCCGGGCUCCGCCCCCCAGUCGGGUGUUUGUGGUGGGGCUGCGGAGACGGGCCCGAUCCCGCCGGAAGAGCCGAGACAAUGGGGACCCGGGACGACGAGUACGACUACUUGUUCAAAGUUGUGCUGAUUGGUGACUCUGGGGUGGGGAAGAGCAACCUCCUUUCACGAUUCACUCGAAACGAAUUCAAUUUGGAGAGUAAGAGUACCAUCGGUGUGGAGUUUGCUACCAGGAGCAUCCAAGUGGAUGGGAAGACUAUAAAAGCCCAGAUCUGGGACACAGCUGGUCAGGAGCGGUACCGGGCAAUCACGUCAGCGUACUAUCGAGGGGCUGUGGGAGCCCUGUUGGUCUAUGAUAUUGCCAAGCACCUGACAUAUGAGAAUGUGGAACGUUGGCUGAAAGAACUCCGUGACCAUGCUGACAACAACAUUGUGAUCAUGUUGGUGGGGAACAAGAGUGACCUGCGCCACCUCCGUGCCGUGCCCACUGAUGAGGCCCGGGCAUUCGCAGAGAAAAACAAUUUGUCUUUUAUUGAGACAUCUGCAUUGGAUUCAACCAACGUGGAAGAAGCCUUUAAGAACAUUCUCACAGAGAUUUACCGCAUCGUAUCCCAGAAGCAGAUUGCUGACCGCUCUGCACAUGAUGAAUCUCCCGGCAACAAUGUGGUAGACAUCAGUGUCCCCCCUACCACCGAUGGACAGAAAUCCAACAAGCUCCAGUGCUGCCAGAGCCUGUGACCACCCGCGCCCAGAGGCGCCUUCCCUGCCCGCCCUUACCUCGCUGUGCUUCAGUUAGAAACGUGUGUGCACGUCUUUGCAGUUGUCUCCUGUGAUUCAGUGACUCUUUGUCAUCCUCGUUUCUUCCCCCAUCCCCAACGUCCAUCUUCGAGCAUUAACUGUAGGCCAAACCCCCCUUUCCUCUCAGGCUCCCAGGGGAGUGGGCUGACCUUGGGCCUGGUUGUCUAGUGAUUGGUGGGAGGAGGAGGAGGAACCAAGACUUCAUUUAUCACGGCUGAAGAAAGACAUACCUACACUGAUUUGCUUUUGCAUUUAGCCCAACUUUUUCUUAAACUCUUAGAUCUCUGGGGAACAUGGGGAGCAGGGAAGGGAGGAGGUGUGCUGAAAUUAAAGAGGGAAAAAAUCUUUUCCUCAGAUGUCCUGUUGUGUCCAAUUGGGAUCCUUCGAUGAGCACUGGGGGUUCUCAUUUGGUGGUGGAAGACCCAUGGUGAGGCUGCUGGUGACACAGUCCCCAGAUUUUCCUCCCUUCCUUGUGGCUAGCCUCUGGGCCUGGUCCUAGGGAGAGUCAUUACUGGGUACCUCUUGCCCCAGGGAGGAGACUCAGGAGUCCAGGGGCAGGCUGAGAUGAUGGAAUGAUUUGUCAGCCACCAGAGAGAAUCCUCUUCCUCAAUCAGAGCAUCCAGCAAGUGCCGGCCCUUCCUUUGCGGCUUCUCCCUCCGCUCCCAGAACCCUGACCAGCUUCAGCCUGUGCAGGCCCUUGGUAAUCUCCUUUCUGCCCACAGCCCCCUCUCCAAUCCACCAUCUUGCCUGAGACCCAUUUGCAAGGGAAGCAAUAUUCUCAUGUUUUGUAUAUAACUGCACUUAGAGUUUUUGGGUUUUGUUAUUGUAGAAAAACAUAGAUUCUUUAUACAUUUUGUAAGAUUUAUGCCAAAUCAUAGCAUCUCAACCCUUUCCCUCACCUUUUUAUUCUUUAACAGUUGACUCUCAUGGGCUAUAAUUUUUCUUGACCUUUACUAAAAUGUAUGAUUCUAUUUCCUGUAUGCAACUGUGUUCCUUCGCCCUUUCCUCAUUUCCUCAGUGCCAGGAUGCUAUUUGCAACAGUUAUACUUUUCCUGAUGCCCACUAGCCUCAGCAGCAAUCUUGACCACUGCACAUCUUUGUCUGGUACAACAAGAGAAACCUGAUCACACUCCCAUUUUCUAGAGGGUCAGGCUAAAGUUGGUAAUGGUCCAGUCAGGCAGUGAGCUUUCCCCAGCCAUGUGUGCUUGUUUGCAUAGUACACUGAGAUUAGCCGAAGGAAGAGGGAGGACUGCUUAGCUGUGCCUCUGAGCAUGUUGGCUGCAGGCAGACUAGUGUCACAUGCUCUCGCUGGGGUGGGAUGCCCUACUCCACCCCCUUUGCAUGUCAGGACCUUGUCCUAGUGGUACAACCUGCAUCUUGUGAAUGGGUGACAGGGGAAAAGUGGAGCUAACAUUCCAGGCAUUGUUUGAAAGCUAGCUUUUGGAAUAAGACGGAGGGGUUUUUCCAGUUGUGCGUGUAAAAGACAAAGACGUCUUCCCAAGGUUAGUUGAUAACCUGUUGGAGUUACUCUGGAAUCUUUGCCAAGUGAGAACUAGCUGUUCUGGAGCAUUUAGCCUUCAAGGUGUGUGUGCUAUGGAUUCAGGAAGGUGUCCAGGGCCCUGGCCUUGUUGCUCUCCUACAUGGAAGGGUUUCGUUGAUGGGUCUCCUAGGCUGAUGUGAGGCUUGGGUUUCAGCCAGCUGCCAGCUUCAGAGCACAGGUUGUUGCGUGAAGUCUCUUCCUUACAUCAGAGGUCCCAACAUUGGCAGCAGCAUUUUGGAAGUGGCUGGAGUAGAAUGGAUGAGGGUCUGUCUGUGUGUUGGAGUCAGUGAAUCUGUACUUUCACUGGCCUUAAAGGCGAGGCAGGGCCUUAAUCUCUGCUCUGUUGGCCCUUUGGUGUAGUUUCUCUUCCUUGUCAUCCCUGGGCUGCUUUUAAUGUACUGGUCUUUUAAAUUUACAGGGAGUUUGCUCUUUAUUGAGGAAGGCCAGUGAUUUCUGGGCAGGGGAGGUAAGGGAGGAGCCACUCAGGAGUCAUUUGUCUUCUUGUUGGCCUCACAAACUGCCGCUCCUUUGAGGAGGAGUCAGGCUAGGAAAUGCAGCUUCUUUCCCUUUGAAGUGCCCUGUUCCAUGCCUCCAUGAAAGUUCAGGCCAGGGUAGUAUAUUUAGUACUCCCGGGCCUUAUUCAAAGUCCCUUGACUUGCUUCUCAGCUCUACGGUAGGAAAUUGUUCCAGCCCUCAACAAUUUAAUUGGGUCUUUCCCUUCUGCCCCAAAGCUUGAGCUGAGACUGGAGCUUGUUGGGAUGGGUUGGUGGAAAUUUUAACUUGGUGACAUUCCGGGGCCCCCAAGACUCCAGGAGCCAAUGGCUGCUGCUGGCCGUGGGUAGGAAGGACUGUUGAAACUGGAACCAUUUGACUCAGUCCUUCAGCCUGCCUUUCUGAGAUUUCUAGGAAGAUGUAGAAAUGGUUUUGUGGUUGUGGCAGGGGUAGAGCUCUGGGACAUGUACAGGAACAUUAAUUAUUCAGGAUUCAAGCCUCCCAAGACACCACCAAGUUCCUGACAGCUUAUCUAACAGCCUAAUGACCACCCCUUCUCUUUCAGACCAGGGCCAAUAUCACAGAAAGGGAAGAUGGACUCUGGAUAACCCUUCUAGGUUAUGACUUCCUUUGACUAAAUUAUUCAAGUUUCACCAGCUUAGAGGCCUUCAUACUACAGCCACUCUCCAGGGCAGUGUGAAAUGACUCUUAGCUAUCCUGUCCUGGACAGCUGUCUUCCAGGACCCUGCUGCUGCUAUCUGGUUUCUUGCCUGGGGGUGAAGAUUAAGGCCUUUUAUUUUUUCUUGGCCUCUUCUUUCAUUAUCCCUGUGGAUAAUCCAAGUUAGGAGUAUAGGGUCCCAGCUAGCCUUGGCCAUGAGACAAGCAGGCCUGGGUCCACCUGGUGCCUUCUGCUUAAGAGUUGGGGUUGGCCUUUUCCCACCUCUUCCUUGGCAUUAUUGGUCCUCACUUCCACUUUGGUAGCAUACUAAGUCUGCUACCUGCUGACUUUCUUUGGCAGCUAACUUGCAUCUAGGUGUUUAUGAAAAAGUUAUUGCCUAGGAGAAGAGACUUCUGACCUAAGUGGCAUAGGGCAGAAAAUGUGAGUCAUGUGGCUUGAGACACGCCCUCAAGUUCUGAGGGAUUCAGUAUUCUAGCUCAUGGGCAGUUCUGGAAGAUGCUUUUCUUUGGAAUGACAGGCUGGCAAGCCACCAAGGGCCCUGAGCCAGUGAACAGCAACUAAGAGGAAGUAUGCUUGGGUUGGGGAAACUGACCAGAAUCCCCUACUCCCCCCCCCACUCCUCCAACACCCACCUACUGGGAUUACGGGUAGGGUGACUAAGCUAGCUGUAAGGAGUCUUCCUGACACAGGCCAAAUUUCUGGGUGUGGUCAGGUUGGUCAAUAGUGGACAUUGCUGAGUAAUUGCUACGCCACAAGCGGGCUUAGUCUGCAUGGGAAAGCCAGGGCUGGUGCAGACCUCUGCUCAUUCAUAUAUCUGUUUCUUCUAUUCCACAGCACUUGUAUUUAGUUGAGUGCAACCUUCUUUGUAAAUAGAGCCCUGCAUCCCUGGAUUUGUGCAUGGUUAUUCUGUGUUGUGGAUAUAAAGAUUGCCAUACCAAA